AUGGAAGGGGAAGAUGGAGAAUUCUUUCUGUGGGGGCAGGCUGUAUAUAUCAUAUCACAACUUCUAGUUGAUGGUCUUUUACACAUAAAUGAGUUAGACCCAAUCAAACGGUACUUGCCCGCAGCUGAGAGGCCAAAACGAAACACCCGCUACUCCUCAUUUCAAAGCUCACCAACAGAUCUAGUAAUCCAGGUUGUUUUGAUAGCGGAGAGUACGCGUCUUCAACAAAUGCUUGCGACAUAUGGGAUUCAGACCCAAACUCCUCACCAGGUGGAGCCCAUUGAAAUAUGGUCCCCAAAUAAUAUGACAAAAGCUUAUGAGUACCUAGGAGUGAAUAAAAAGCUUGGUCUGACUGGUCGACCUGCUCGACCAAUCGGUGGACUGGGAACAGCUAAGAUAUAUAGAGCCUCGGGCAUGACGAUAGUAUGUUAUCCUCUACUGUUUGAAGUCUCCGAUUUCUACCUUUCUCAGGAUAUUGCUCUUGUCAUAGAUGAUGUCAAGAAUGACUUGGCAUUUCUCGCCAAAUGCUGGAGGUUAUCAGGGCGCCCUCUAUUUGUGAUGUUGAUCAGAGAAGACAACAUCCGAGGUCCAAAUGUGAAGCAAUUAUUGAAUCUCUUAGCUCAAUUUAAAAUGGGAGAAGUCGAUGGAGUUAAAGUCAGAUUGGGGAGGUUACAGGAAUUGAUAUCAAGUGGUUGCGUUGAACACCUGGACUUCCUCAGCCAUUCAUGGCAGCCUGAAAUGGAGUAUGAAUUUCAGAGGUUCUUGGAGCUUGACAGGAAAUCCUCAUUUAGAAGCCUUACGGAUAUACCAAAAAUCUCGAUGAUUGAAAUAGAAGACAAACCACAUAUUGACUUAAAUGAAUUACGGCGGAAGUCAACAUGGGAACUUGCAGAAAUGGUGCGUCAUACUGAUAGCGUUUCUUCCCAGAGUCAACUUCUACACGUUCUGCUUGACCGCGAGGGUCCAGAAUAUAGAAUAGAUGACUCUGUGGUGGAGGAAAGACUUGAGAAGUUAUUACGAAGGGCUGGAUCACAUCAACAGUGGUACGUGACAAGAUUCUGUGCCGCAACUCUGGGAAAACUUGUUGACAGUUUGGCUCCAUCUAUAACAGCGAUUCUAGUCAGAGGGAAACAGAUCACACUUGGUGUUUUUGGGCACGAAGAGGAAGUUGUCGACAAACCCCUCUCCCCUCAGGAAAUCCAAGACAUCCUGUUUACAAAAUGUUUACCCUAUGACAUCAUACAAGCUGUCUUGCAGCAGGAGAUGAUUUUGAAUAUAGGGAAAUUUAUUAGCACAUCACCUGAUCUUUUUAAAGGAAUGCUGAAGAUAAGAAUCGGCUGGAUAAUUCACGCGAUGAAGCUGGAACUGAACUACUGGGAGGAAGGAGGCGAAAGAAUGCUUUACUCCAAAUCCCCGCACACAAUUAAGAAACUGCUCAUGAAAGUCUUACAGUGCAAUAUUGAAGAUAUUGAUCAGAGGUCCCCGAUCUGGAGGAGGCAGCUUGAUGGGGCCCUGAAUAGGGUUCCCCCAGGCUUCUAUGAUAAAGUGUGGGAGAUACUCGAGCGGACACCGGGUGGUCUAAAAGUUGCGGGAUAUCAUCUCCCACAGCAACCAACCCUCUCAGAUAUGACGAUGUACGAACUUAACUUUUCACUGUUGGUCGAACAAAUGCUGAGCAAAAUCAUCGAACCCGCCUACAGACAACUCAUGGUUGAGGCGUUCAUGGUCGUGUCAACCAUCUUGGAACGCAAUCCGGAGCUGGAAUUCCAACGACCUGUCAAUAUGGAUGUUUUGAUUAAAGAAGCUUUCCAGUAUUUUAAAAAUGACAGCCAACCAACUGUUGAAGAAAAAGAAAAGCAAGACAAACAGGAAAACAAUAUGGCGUCAUUUUUCAACACGCCAUCUGUCGGACGUUUGGGAACAACAAGUUAUAUUGCAAAAGCUGUUGUAAACCAUCUCCUCCAGGGAGAUGUAAGGCAUACAUAUGGAGAAUCGUGUUCCAUUUCUUGAAUUGGAAAUAAAGACACGUUGUUGUGUUUUAGAACAAUGAAGAGUUACAAAGAGUGGAGUUUAAAGCCAUUAACAAAGUAUUCAGUUAUUUUGUUUACACGCGAAAUUGUACGGAAAUGAUAAGAACAUCAGGAAAUUUAUUAUCAUUUACUCGUAUUCAAUUUUGAGCCAUACAUGUACAUGUAAGAUUUCAUAUUUUUGAAAAUUUGAUUAAAAUAUCUGAUGUAUAUUAGGACUGGGCCUCUUGUCAUUGCUAGGCUUCUUUUAAUACGGAUCAGCAGUCACUUGCUAUUUUCACCAUCCCAUUGAACGAAUUGCGAAGUUUAUCCAUUUCACCUAGUGUCAACUCAAAUACGCGUUGAAGGAAAACACUUUCCAAUAUGGCCUCAUAAUAUUAUUAUAGUGUGUAUUGUUUUUGUGGACGGUGUUCGGCCGUUGUUGUCGGCGUUUAGCGGCCAGUGUCUGUACCAACUGACAGGUGGUAACAUUUCGCAUGUUAAUGCCAUGUUUGUAAAAAAUGUUAUCUUUGGUGAGGCAUGAGUCGCAUUUGCUCCGAUUCAUCGGCCGGCGCCCGGCAGAUUGAGUAUUUUGUUCAAAAUUGUAUUCA